CAAAUAUAUACCAUAUUCUCCUACAUUCAGCACUAAGCCAAGAACUUCAUUUGAUAAUUUAAUUUACAUAUCCAUUUCAAUGGGUGAAGAAGUUUUUGAAUCAACAAUCAAAGUCACAAUAAGUGAUGAUACUAUGAAAUUAGAUGUAGCCAAGAAACCAUCUUCUGCUUCUCUUUUGACUAAACUUCAUGCAGGCUAUUUCAGAAUUAGCCUAUCUUUAGGUGGUCAAGCCUUGUUAUGGAAAGUUUUAAUUGAACAUUUAGAUAAAUCAAAAACUCUUCACCACUUAUUUCAUACUCUCCCUUCAACUACUUUCCUUCUACUAUGGUGGAUUUCCCUUUGUACUCUUAUUAUCCUCUCUUUUCUUUAUAUUUUAAGGUGCAUUUUUCACUUCUCCUUAGUUAAAUCUGAGUUUUUACAUCCUGUUGGUGUAAACUAUCUCUUUGCUCCUUGGAUUUCUUGGCUUUUAUUACUCCAAUCAGCACCAUUUAGUAUUCCACAUGUUGGUUCUUGCCAAGUUUUUUGGUGGAUUUUCGUCAUUCCGGUUGGGAUUCUUGAUGUGAAAAUAUAUGGACAAUGGUUUACUACUGAGAAAAGGUUUUUAUCAAUGGUUGCAAAUCCAACUAGCCAACUUUCUGUAUUAGGAAAUUUGACUGGUGCUUGGAUUGCAAGUAAAAAGGAAUGGAAAGAGAGUGCAGUUUGUAUAUUUACAUUAGGGUUAACACAUUAUUUGGUAGUGUUUAUUACACUUUAUCAAAGAUUAUCUGGUAGUAAUAGCUUACCUGCUAUGCUUAGACCUUCUUUCUUUUUGUUUGUGGCUGCACCAAGUAUGGCUAGCUUAGCUUGGGCUUCUAUUUCUGGGGAUUUUGAUAUGUCAUGCAGGAUGCUCUUUUUUCUGUCACUAUUUCUCUUCACUUCUUUGGUUUGUAGGCCAGCAAUAUUCAAGAAAUCAAUGAAAAAGUUCAAUGUUGCAUGGUGGUCUUACUCAUUUCCACUCACAUUCCUAGCCUUAGCCUCUGUACAAUAUGCACAUCAAGUGAAAAGUCCUGUUUCUGCUGGACUUAUGCUUCUUCUCUCAGCCCUUUCAGUUCUUGUUUUUGUUGGUUUGACAGUUUCCACUGCUCUCAAUCUUGACAUGCUUUUGGCUGAUAAUGAUCGCUAUUUAAACUUCACUAAACGUAAUUAGUCGUAUCAAAAACAGCACCUUCUAUCGAAAAUGGAGAAAAUAUGCUAAGGAGAUUUUGUUCGGUCAGAAAUUAAUACAGACACAAUGGGCUAGCUUCAACAAUUUCAAGAAAUAAUUAUGAUAUUGCCUAGUGCUAAUAUUAUUGUGAUUCCUCAAACUAUUGUCAUAUAUUUCCUUUUUAAACUUCUAUGUUGAUUCAAACUUUGCCUCAUAAAGAGAAAUAGUUUAAAAGUUUUGUACUGUA